AUGACCACGACACCUCUAACGUUGUUUGUCCUUCUUCUUGGAUUGUUCUUCUUUCUCUGUACAGUAAGCAGCAGCAGUUCCUACCCGGUCAGUCUGCAUGGCUACCGGCAGUGUAACCCAAAUCUGUGCCACAACGGCGGCACUUGCGUCUACAACUCCUUCUCCAAACCCUUCUGUCGCUGCCCACCUCGCUACGCCGGCCACCUGUGCGAGCACACCAACCCCUGCUUUGCGGCUAAUCGCUGCAUGAACGGCGGCACCUGUCAGACCAUCACCUCGCCCCACUCUCCGCCCACCUUCAAGUGCCUCUGUCCGCUGGGCUUCUCCGCCAGCCUCUGCGAGGUGGAGGAACCUAAUGUCUGCCUGCAGACGCGACCCUGCGAAAAUGGCGGCCGCUGUGUGCUGAAGGGCGACGUGGACAACUUUGAGUGCCAGUGCGCGCCCGGCUGGCGGGGCCCGCGUUGUGAGGAGGCAGACAACUGCGUCUCUCAGCCCUGUCGCAAUGGCGCCAUCUGCCACUCACACUCCAACGGAACAGCCACGUCUGCUUUUGGCUUUGUAGGCUACACCUGCGACUGUGCGCCCGGCUUCCGGGGACCGACCUGCGGCGAGGACAUUGACGAGUGCGCCGAGCAAGGCUCCGCCAAGGCCUGCAACCAAAACGGCGUCUGCAUCAACACGCCCGGCUCGUACCGGUGCAACUGCGAGCAGGACUACACCGGGCAGUUCUGCGAGACCCGCUACGUGCCCUGUCAGGUGAACCCCUGUCUCAGUGGCGGAGAUUGCGUGCCCCACUACAGCACCUCGACGUACAAGUGCGUCUGUCCUACUGGCUUCACCGGGCACAACUGCGAGAUCAACGUCGACGACUGCGGCGGCCACCUCUGUCAGAACGGCGGCAGCUGCGUCGACGGCGUCAACACCUACUCCUGCGCCUGUCCGGCCAACUUCAGCGGCCCCUACUGCUCGCAGGACGUCGACGAGUGCUCCCUCCGCCCCCAUGUCUGCCAGAAUGGCGCCACCUGCGCCAACACCAACGGCGGCUUCGCCUGCAUCUGCGUCAACGGCUGGACCGGCCCCACCUGCGGCGAGAACAUCGACGACUGCUCCAACCAGCCCUGCUUCAACGGCGCCACCUGCCACGACCGCGUCGGCUCCUUCUUCUGUCAGUGUCCGCCGGGGAAGACCGGGCUGCUGUGUCACCUGGAGGACGCCUGCGCCUCCAAUCCCUGUCACGCCGGCUCCAUCUGUGACACCUCUCCGCUGGACGGCACCUACGUGUGCUCCUGCCCCACCGGGUACAAGGGCACCGACUGUACGCUGGACAUUGACGAGUGCCAGGACUCGGGGUCGCCCUGCGAGCAUGGCGGCACUUGCGUCAACACGCCCGGCUCCUUCAAGUGCGACUGUGCGCUGGGCUUUGCCGGCACCCGCUGUGAGAUUAACAUCAACGAGUGCGACUCCAAUCCCUGCCAGAAUGAGGGCACCUGCCUGGAUGAACGUGGCUCCUAUCGAUGCGUCUGCAUGCCUG